CUAUUUUAUUUUUUUGUUUUCAUUCCCAAAAGCUCCACAUAAAAAUUAAAAAUGGCGAGCUUCUCCAAUUUCCGGGAAGGAAAUCAUGAGCUCAGAUUCGGGUUCGGGUUCUUCAUCGCCGAGGAGUGCUCGGAAAAAAGAUGAAGAGCGUCCGAGAUUUUUCGACUCGAAGGCCAAGAGCGCGUGCUGGGCGAAGGCUGAGACUGUGCCCGGCCGCCAUCCCGAUCGGUGGCGCAAGGACGCCGCCGGCAACGUUGUCUGCAAGCGCUUCUGCAACUGCCAGGGAUGCCUCUGCUUCGAGUACGACCACAUCAUCCCCUAUUCCAAAGGUGGCGAGUCGGUGGCUGAGAAUUGCCAGAUUCUACAGACGAGGGUUAACCGGUUGAAAUCCGAUAAGCAGGAGAUUGAUGGAUCCCAAUUGAAAGGCUAUUCUUGUGACAUUAAGUUCACUGACAAGGAACUCGACGUUAUUGAAAUGGCUGUGUAUGGAGAUGUUAUUAGGCCGGGUAAUCAAUGCCGAUGCAGAACUGUUGCUGAAAUGCUCGGGAAAUACAAGCCCAAAGACCCAAUGGCCCCUUGCAAACUGCCCUAUAAUCUCGACUCCCACCCCUUGCAGCCCUAAAGGAUAAAUAAAGCUCGAAUCUUUAUGAGCUUAAUGCAAAAUUUGGGCCCAAUAUGAACCUUUUUCGAUAUUGAGAUACUAACCGAAACAGGUUAUUAAAAUUCUGCGCACGGUUUCCUCCAAGUGAAGAUUAUUAUUAUUCGUAUUCUACCUCGGAACAUUGUUAUUUUUUUCUAUGAAUUGUUUCUGCAACUGUAUUGGGAAAGUGUUGAAUAAUAUUGCAUUUUUUUAUGGAGAUGAACAUAUUACAUUAGAACCAUGUUAUCUUGUAGCAUCCUUUAAAAAAAAUGCAGUCUUGUAUUGUAUAAUAGUCUUCAAUCAAACCCAUCACUUACCAAGGCUUUCUUUUUUUGCUCCCUACAUACAACUUUAAAC